AAUGAUCCCCUGGUCAAGCUGAGAGGAUAAAACACGGCCUAAAGGACGAAAUAAACUUCAGUAUCUAUAGUGCGAUAGCACAGUUUGUCCACACAGUGGCAGGGGUCCCUGCGAGUCCACUUACUUCUGGCCAAAGGCUUCGUAGUUUGGAGCUCUUCUCACAUUGUUCUGGAUUGUUUCCACAUCUUUGCGACUCAGGGUCAGACCGUGUCAGUCAUGGUGAUGUGGUGACGGGUUGACGGGCUCCAGCUAUUUGAGCAUUCCUUCCACGCAACCGUUCACAUUCCUUACAAGGCCUAUUGAAGCGAGGAUAACUUUAAUAACGUUCCUGCCGACCGAUACUGCGUAAAUUGCGGAGCGGGUCAGGCCCAACCCGUGGCGCAAACAUGGCCGACACUGACACCAGGCUUGGCGCGGUUGCGGCCGAAGCAACGGCCGACGACGAAUUGUCGUAUAGGAGCCAGGAGACAUGGAACAACCUGCAUGUUCUUGAGAAGACGGAAAGCCGGAAUAACGGCCACAGUCGCAUUCAUAGUCACAUUUGGAGUCGCAGCGGGAGUCGCAGCCAGAAUCGCAGCCAGAAUCGCCGCCGCGGCGCAAGUCGAGCCAGCGGUGUAACACACGCCUCAGAUGACACUGACCCUCUGGAACCAUUAGAACUGGCCUGGUCACCGGGCUACGAAAAUGCCUCGCCGGGUUUCGACCACAUUGACGAGGAAUACGACCGAGGGGCUAUUGCUCACGUCCGCACUACAACCAGCAUCGGUAGCUCCGCCUCGCGACCACCAGACUUCGAGGUCAUCUUUGAGGAAAACGACCCUAUCAAUCCCCGGUGUUGGCCGCGAUGGUAUCGAGGCUGGGUUAUAUUCUGUAUUUCCUAUACGACCUGGGUUGUCGUCUUUUACAGCACAAGUUACACGGCCUCGAUACCCGGAUUGAUGGAACAAUUCCAUGUGACGAGCACGCCAGUAGCGACCCUUGGUGUCACCUCUUACCUGCUGGGCCUUGCGACGGGGAGCUUGGUGGUGGCGCCUCUAAGCGAGCUAUGGGGCCGGAGACCAGUGUACAUUGCGUGCAUGGCUGUCUUUACCAUAUUGGUAAUACCGUGCUGUCUGGCUACGUCGCUUACUGAAAUCAUCGUCGUACGGUUCUUUGGCGCCGUGUUUGGCUCCGUCAUGGUGACCAACAGUGCAGGAUCCGUGGUGGACAUCUCGACAGAAGAGACUCGCGCGUUGGUCAUGUCCAUUUGGUCCAUUGCACCUAUUAACGGCCCUGUCACUGGUCCCGUCAUUGGCGGGUUCGUCUAUCAGUAUCUUGGUUGGCGGUGGGAUAACUGGCUCGUACUAAUACUGGCUGCUGUCGCGACCAUCUGCGUCGCGAGCGCCAAGGAGACUUACGGUCCCAUGGUUCUUCAGGCCAAGGCGGCGCGCCUUCGGGAGGAAACGGAUGAUGACAGAUGGUGGACGCGCUAUGACAUGAAGCUCUCCAAGCUUCAGUUGCUUAAGAUUAACCUCGUCCGACCAUUCGUCCUGUCCUUCACUGAGCCUAUCCUCUGGUUCUUCAAUCUGUGGAUCUCUCUUAUUUACGGCAUCCUCUAUCUCUGUUUUGUGGCUUACCCUAUUGUGUUUUCCCAGCACCGUGGAUGGGGGCCUGGAGUUUCCGGUCUUGCCUUCGUUGGCAUUGGCAUCGGGUCUAUGAUUGCCAUCUGCGCGGAACCCUUGUGGCGCAAACUCAUCAACAAACACCCAAAGGACCCCACCACCGGACGGGUGCCUCCUGAGGCCACGGCUCGGGUCAUGAUCAUUGGCGCCAUCCUCGUGCCCGUUGGGCAGCUGUCGUUCAGUUGGACGUGCCUUCCCACGACGAUCCACUGGGCCAUUCCCAUCGCUUUCGGCAUUCCCUUUGGUUGCGGCAAUACUCUGUGUUUCAUUUAUGGCAGCAACUACCUCGCUGGCGCGUAUGGCAUCUACGCCGCUUCGGCACUUGCUGGUAAUGCCGUGACGCGGAGUUUGUUCGGGGGCACUCUACCGCUGGCUGGCCCUUCCAUGUACGCCAGGCUCACGCCCCAGUGGGCGGGCACCAUGCUUGGUUUGCUCGAACUCCUGAUGGUGCCUAUUCCCAUCAUAUUCUACAAGUAUGGUGAGAGGAUCCGGGCCAAAAGCCCCGUGAUCCGGCAGAUGAGAGAAGAUGCAGAGAAGAAUGAACAAAGGUUGGCUAAGAACCAGAGGCGGAAGGAGAGGCAGGCAGAAGCAGCGUUAACCGAAGGUCUGGCGAACAGCCCUCCUGGUGUUGCUGUAGAGAGUGACGUUGAGAAGAAUGCUGGACGGGAAAUGUUACCAGCAACCCGAAAGGGUUAGGCGGAUGUAGGAGAUAAAAUGUGAGUGAAGAUGUUCUACUAUUUAUUUUGUUAGUAGAUUAUAGCAUACUGGAUGGACGGCUCCAGACAUGUUAUCGCUCGUGUGGGCCAGGCCUGCUGCGAACGUGCGGUAUGGGUUGAGGAAUAUGGAUGAGGCAGUUUGUGACAUGUUUCAUGGCCGACGCCCUAGCUUAUUCAUCCCUAACAAACACUUCGCAAAAUAUUCAUGUCCUUAUAAGUGUUGAUUAGUG